AUGGAGGCACCGCGCCCCUUCCUCUCUCUCUUUCCGCGGCUCUCUCCCUGCUUUUGCCCGGUGCAUAAAGCAGGCUGCCAGCUUGCGCAGCGCAGCGAGGCGAGCCUUCUUCCCCUCUCCUCCCUCCUCCAGCCUUCCCCUCACACCACUCCAAAACCCCAAAACCCCAAAUCGCGGAACCCCAGCCACUCCUCCAUGGCGGCCUGGAGCUCUCGCGAGUACGACAAGCCGAUGGCGGCGUCCUUGCGCAUGAUCGCCUCCGCCAUCGGGAUCGGGGCCGGCGGAAUUAGUUCCGAGAUGGUGGACCAGAUGAAGCGCAGCGUAGCGUCGUCGGAUUGCGACGGGAGCAACAUCAUGGAGGUGCUUGAAAGAAUGGCUGAAGAUUCUGACGAGGAGGAGCACCUGGGGCCACUGCAUGAUGCGGCAAGCGCGGGCAAAAUGGAUGCUUGCAAACACCUGGUGGAAAAUCUUGAGUUUGAUGUCGAUGUUUGUGCUAAUGAUGGCUCGGGGAAGACUCCUUUGACUUGUGCAGUGUCACGUGGCAAAGUGAUUGCUGUGAGGUAUCUUAUUGCCAAGGGUGCAGAUCUUAAUAAGCAAGAUGCCAUGGGCUUUACUCCUCUGCACUAUGCUGUCAAACGAGGGUACAGUGGAAUAGCACGUUUGUUGCUCUCUAGAGGAGCUAAUGUUGAUCUGGAAUCUUCUGAAGGGACACCGCUACAUGUUUCUGCUGCGCGUGGGAAGUUCGGUGUCAUGGAGAUUUUAUUGGAACACCAUGCAGACCCAGAUAGGGUUUCCCCAGAUCUUUAUACACCCCUGGCUAAAAUUCUUUGUGCCACAUAUGAAAAAGCCAGUGUAUCUGCUUGCUUAAAGUGCAUGAAGCUCCUUGUCAAGGCUGGUGCUGAUUUGAAUUCUACAAAUCCUGAUACUCCAUUAAUUAUAGCAACUAGCAGAGGCUUAAAUGAGUGUGUUGAUUACUUAUUGGAGGUUGGCGCUGAUGCAAAUAUUCCAAUCAAACAUGGCCGUAAAACACCAAUAGAAAUUGCUGCAAAGUCUGGAAGAAGAAAUCUUGUUGAGAGUUUAUUUCCUUUCACUUCACCCAUUCAAACCAUUUCAGACUGGAGUGUUGAAGGAAUCCUUGCUUAUGCAAGAUCAAGGCAAUCAAAACACAAGGGCCAGAAAUCUGAUAAUGAUAAUGAUAGCAAAAAUCAGCUGAACUUAAAUGGUGAAAGAUCAGUCAAGGAGGAUGCUGGUGCAUCAAAGGGCUGCACCGAGGAUAAAUUAAGUGAUGAAGAUAGGAAGGCUCAGCUGAAAUUACAUGGUGGACAAGCAGUUAAAGAAAAGGAUUAUGCUGGUGCUUCAAAAUUCUACACUGAGGCAAUCAUGUUGGACCCUGCCGACGCAACACUGUAUUCAAAUCGGAGCUUCUGCCAUCUGAAAAUUGGUGGAGCCAGGGAUGCUCUGGUUGAUGCUAAUGCUUGCAUAAGCCUGCAGCCUGACUGGCCAAAGGGUUACUACCGUAAAGGAGCUGCCCUCAUGUCGCUUAAGGAGUACAACGAAGCACGUGAUGCAUUCAUGGAUGGGUUGAAACUGGAUCCUUCAAAUUUGGACAUACAGAACGCUUACUGGGAGGCAGACGAGGCAAUGAUCAGGAAACAUUCUACUGGACAAAGUGCCGAUGAAUUAUUUGAGUAG